UGGCGCCUGAAAGCCAGGUUGCGACCGGGCGUGGUCGACGCUUAACCACGCCCUCCUCAGUUUCCUCCUGCUUCUAGCUCUUUCCAGCAGCCUUCCGGUCUAUGCGGUUUCCACAGUGAACGCGUCUCUGCGAGCCAUGGAUCCACGGAAGUUACAGGAGCUGCGGGAGUUUGUCCUCUUGUGUCAGAGUAAUCCGGCCGUGCUGCAUCGCUCAGAGCUCGACUUCUUCACACGCUGGCUGCAGAGUAUGGGGGCAUCGAUCCCAUCUCCACCUCCCAAAGAAUCGCCUAUGGAACCCAAUCCGGAUGAUCCUGUGAAAGAGAACAGUAUCCCCCCUCAAAAGACCGAAAGUGAGGAAAGUGAUUUGGAAAUUGAUAAUGAAGGCGUGAUUGCUCCAGAUGAUGAAGACCCUCAAGAAAUGGGAAAUGAUGACGUAGAGGUUACAGAAGAAAUGAUGAACCAGGCAAAUGAAAAGAAGAUGGAAGCAAUAAACGCUUUGGGAGAUGGUGAACUCCAGAAAGCCAUUGAUUUAUUUACAGACGCUAUUAAACUUAACCCACAAAUUGCUAUUUUAUAUGCAAAACGAGCAAGUGUUUAUGUGAAACUACAAAAGCCUAAUGCAGCAAUCCGUGACUGUGAUAAAGCUAUUGCCAUCAACCCGGACUCGGCUCAGCCGUACAAGUGGAGAGGAAAAGCACACAGGCUUCUGGGGCACUGGGAAGAAGCUGCACAUGAUUUGGCAAUGGCUUGUAAAUUAGAUUAUGAUGAAGAAGCAAGUGCUAUGCUUAAGGAAGUGCAACCUCGUGCCCAGAAAAUUGUAGAACACAAACGAAAAUAUGAACGUAAGCGUCAAGAAAAGGAAAUUAAUGAACGCAAGGAGCGACUGAAAAAAGCCAAAGAGGAACAUGAAAGGGCACAGAGGGAAGAAGAGGCAAGGCAUCAAGCUGGAGCACAGUUUGGAGGUUUCCCAGAGGGAUUUCCAGGUGGGAUGCCAGGUAUGGCAGGAGGAUUCCCUGGUGGCAUGGCUGGAAUGCCAGGAGUGAGUGAAAUUCUCUCUGACCCAGAAGUGUUGACGGCUAUGCAGGACCCAGAGGUGAUGGCUGCAUUUCAAGAUGUAGCCCAAAACCCAGCCAACAUAUCAAAAUAUCAGAGCAACCCAAAAGUGAUGAAUUUGAUAAGCAAACUAUCUAGUAAAUUUGGAGGAAGCGCAUAGCUUACAGGAGAUGUUCAAACAUUGUGUUGAAGAAUCAUAAUAUUAUCAUGAACAGUUUCAUGUUCUGAUGACUGUUGUCCUCUAAUCUUUUCCUCCUUUUGAAAUGGCAUAAAUAUUGUCUUAUAGCCAACACCUGUUGAAACAUAUAUUACUUUCUUAAAUGGAUUAAUAAAUUUCAGAGACAACUAA